AUGGAGCUUGAGAAAGCAAGGCCAUUCAUGGCCAUUGUUUUCAUUCAGUGUUUAUAUGCAUUGAUGUCUAUAGUCGCAAAACUAGCUUUGAACGCGGGAAUGAGCCCUCAUGUCUUAGUCGCUUACCGAAUGGCAGUUGCUGCAGCUCUCAUUACUCCUUUUGCCUUCGUACUUGAGAGGAACUCAAGACCAAGGAUGACUUUUAAAAUCUUGUUUAAAAUAUCCAUCCUAAGUUUAUUUGAACCUACGGUCGAACAAAACCUUUACUACUCAGGGAUGAAACUUACCACUGCCACAUUCACAUCCGCUUUGUGCAAUGCACUUCCCGCUAUGACAUUCAUAAUGGCUUGCAUUUUCAAGCUCGAGAAGGUGAAAAUCAAAAGGCGUCACAGCCAGGCAAAGCUGGUGGGAACCAUGGUGGCAGUUGGAGGAGCAAUGCUCAUGACAUUCGUGAAAGGGAAUGUCAUUGAGUUGCCUUGGACAAGCAAGUCAAAGGGUUUUCAUGGGCAGUUUCAUGCUAUGAAUACUCCAAAGCAGGAAGAUAUAGCAAGAGGAUCAAUUAUGCUUGUCGCAAGCUGCUUCAGUUGGUCAUGUUACAUCAUUUUCCAGGCAAACAUUCUGCAGUCAUAUCAAGCUGAGCUCUCGCUAACAGCUCUUAUGUGCUUUAUGGGGAUGCUGGAGGCUACUGUUAUGGCAUUGAUAUGGGAAGGGAAGAACUUGUCGGUCUGGAAAAUUCACGCAGAUGUGAAGCUAUUAGCUUCGGUAUACGGGGGACUUGUCUCAGGGUUAGCAUACUAUGUUAUUGGAUGGGCAUCAAAGGCGAGAGGACCUGUGUUUGUGAGCGCAUUUAACCCUCUCAGCAUGGUUAUCGUUGCUAUACUGAGCUCCUUUGUUUUCUUCGAAAAAAUGUACCUAGGAAGGGUUGUUGGGUCAGUUUUCAUUGUCAUUGGAAUAUAUUUGGUACUAUGGGGUAAAAGCAAGGACAAGGGAGGGCAGCUUCCACCAAACUCUGGGUGUGCAGAGACUGUGGUAAAAACUGACGAACAGAGGGUCCCGACGGCUGAUAAUAACCAAGUAGUACCCAACAGUGGCCAGUUAAUGACACCAAAGCCAGCAACUCAGUCUCAAGAGACCGUCUGA